UUGGUAAAAUUUUUUCUCAACAUUGACGGACCGCGUCUGAAAUUUUUGUAUGUGGAAAAUUUUCUCAAAAAUUGCAUAUUUUGUCCCAUUUCUCGUGGUAUUUUGUGCAUGAAAAGUAUUUUGUGGUGUCAGUGUUGAUCCUGUGGUGGUUUUUAGUGAAGUCCAAGUGGUCCAGUGAGGAUGUGUUUGGGUGAAAAGGGCAAAAGCCGAAUCAGUGAGACAGACUCAAAGUAGGCUGGAUGACAAAGGAAUUUCCCGAAUUGUUUUGAGCCAUUUUCCACAUUUUGUUGCGCUCGGGACUCUCAAACUGCUGCAUCCGAUGGGAAUGUGAGGGCGCCGGAAGUGGUUCUUGAGGCCCAGGAGACAAUGGAGUGCGAUGUGACACCCGAAAAAGUGGGUGGAGUUGUCCAGGAGGACGAUGGAGUUGAGGAAAUUGUCAAAUUCACCAUUACGGAGGUGUCAGAGAAGGAGGAAGUCAUUAUCCCGGAAAAUGUCGAUAUCACACAAGAUGUCACUGACUCGAGGGAUUCACCGGCAGUCGAGGAGGUGCUUCCAAUUGAAACCAGUGCCCCUGAGCCUGUCCUUCGGCGAUCCACGCUGCAAAGAAUGGUGACCCUACCGAAAGUAUCUCCAGUGCCAGCAUCAAAGGUGAUUAAGCAUCAUCACAGUUUGCGUCGUUCAGUGCCCAGGAUUAUUAUGAAGGCCACGGGAAAGGGUCAAUCGGAGACACCGGUGACGUCACAGGCGUCAACGAUGAAGGAAGUAUUGGCAUCAAUUCCGGGGUUUAGUGUAAAGCCGCGGAGGAGGAAUAAGAAGAUGUCAACGGCGGCUCAGUUGGAGCAGACACGAGAGGGUUGCAUUGAUCUUGAGACACCGGAUUCAAUUCUCGUGGGCACAAAUUUGCGUGCACUGCUCAAUAAGCAUACGUUCAGUACGUUGCCGGAACUGUAUCAGCAUAAACUGGUACAGUUGCUGCCCAGUGUAGAUCGACCGGAUGAGGCUGGUCCGAGUACUUCACAGGGUGGCAUUCGACUCAAUAGUUCCAGUCUCAAUAAUGAAUUCUUUGCAAGGGCAUGCCUGGAGUGGAGAGAAAGAUUGGCGGAGGGGGAAUUUACGCCGGAGAAUCAGCUAAGACUGAAGACGGAGGCAGAGAGGGAGAAAUUGCGUCUGGAUCCGUGGAAAUUGAAGCAUUUUGAGCCAAUUUGGGGCGAUAAGGGAGGCAAAAAGGAAGUUGUCUUGCCGCAGAGACCAUCUCUCAAGACCACCAUCAAACUCCGGCCAACAGCGACAAUUGCCACUAGUACGACGCGUGUUCCGGAAGAAGAGAAGAUUCCCACGGUGGAGGCUCCGCCGGCGCCACCGAGACGAAUGAGAACAGUGGGAGCGGUCACGAGGAGCACAACGGGUAGUUUGCAGAGUCAACAGCAGCACAAUAGUCCCAGUAAGAUAUGUAGUCCACUGCCGGAUCUUCUGCCCAUCCGGACAAAAGCCAAGGCUGUGGCUAAGGAGCCAAUCAAGGAGGAGCCCAAGGAGCAACAGCAGCAACAACAGCAACAGCCCAGAGACAUAGUCACUGUGAUAUUGAGAACAGAAGUCACGGCAGAGUCCAGUGAACAGGAAAAACCUCCAAGUCCAGUCACAGAGGAAAUUGUGAAAUCCGAGGAAGUUAAUCCUGUGGAUUCAGUCGAUGGGCAGCCAUUGGUAGCCAUGGAAGAAGAAGAAGAGGCAAUACCAGAAAUCCCACCGAUAGUCAAGAAGGAGGAUGAGGAGGUGAUGGAAGUGGCUGAGGAGCCGCCAAUGGCUCCGGAAGUCUCUGAGACUGUGAUUGAGCCGGAGGUGAAGGUAUCGCCCAAGGCCACCAAUAACCUCCAGGAGCACGACUAUGUGGAGAUGUCCACGGCGAUGAUUGUGGACCAGGAAGUGCCCGAGGACGAAGAAGAGCCGGCUGCUGAAGAGGAAGAGGAAAUUGUUGAGGAUCUCGUGGAGGAGCAACAAUCAAGUGUCGUGGCAGCAGACGAUACGUCCACAGUGAGUUGUGAUCAGAAACCCAGUGAACCAAUGGAGGAAGAUGAGGACGAAGAGGCUGCUACAAUGCAAUUCAGUUUGGAGCCCCAUCAGCAGAACUUUGAGGGUGUGCUCCAGAUUCAGCCCAAUUCACUCAUUCUCCAAGGCGACAGUUUGCCAUGUGUUGGAGAUGAGGAGAGUCAGUCGAGUGCUUCUGCUCUGGCAGAUUGCAGCGGGGACAAUAGUGUCGAUCCGGCUGCGGUUGAAGAACUCGAACCAACCAUUCAGAACAUUCUCAUUGACGUUGUGGAUCACGACAAUAUUGAACAGACUUUUACAGAUGCUGAGAAUUAUGUCUUAGAAUCGGGAGAAAUUGUCGCAGAUGAUGAAGCUUCAGGAACUCUUUCGAUUGGGCAAAAAUUGUGCGCUCCAGAGGAUAUUCAGGAUGAUUUGUUUGUAGCAGCUGUCACACAAGCACUCGACAGUGUACCAACAAACGCCCCACUGGCGAUGACGGUUGUCAGUCCGUCUGAGACUGCUGAGGUGAUUCCCAUGCAAGACACACUGGAACUGAGACUAGACGACACGAGCUAUCAGCUGCCAGCACAUUGGUCACCACCCGAUGGGGCCAGCAUUGCGUCGACUGGAGAGAGCAGUAGUGGAAAGAUGGACGGCACGACUCCGGACACCUUCAUUGUGUCGUCCGGAGGAGAAUCAUCCAGUGAUACGGGAGGAUGUGCUGGGAUUGUGGCCAAAAGCGAAUCCAUCAUACCCUUCUCAACAGCAUCACAGGUGAAGUUGGAGCUUGAGGUGACUCUGACGCCAGAGGCUGAAGUGAGCAGCACUGUGGUGAGUCAGGCGGAUAGUGAUGCCAGCAAUGAGGGUGGAAUUGUGGCUAAAACUCCCACAGUCUUUCCGCCCACAACCAUUGUCUGUCUGCCGACUCAUGUGACGAGUGUGCAGCAAAAUUCCAGUCCUAUCCAGACUGGCAUCACCAAGGUGCCCCUGACCAUUGUGUCGCAGCCUCAGGGUGCCACAAAUGCCACAGUUCAACCAAAAGUUGUCACGCAGCACGUCAAUGCUGGUGGUGGUGGGAAAUUUCCCACUACCAUGAUCCUGACGACGACCACGGGGCCAAAGGAGACGCCUACUGUGGCUCCAAUUGUCGUGGCGACUGUGAAACAGGAUGUACAGGCAACUCCACGAGCUGCAGUGGCUGCCAGCUCGAGUUCUGUUCCCUUUCUCUCCCUCUCGGCUGGUCAGCCGCUGAGAUCUGUUGCCAAUGUGAAUCAAGUGGUUCCGGGAAGGGGUAAGGCGCCGAGUCUGGGCGCCGGAACAAAAGGGGGAGGAGGUCGAAGGUCUCAGAGCAAUAAACCUCCGCCGGGAGCAGUGAAUCUCGAGAGGAGCUACCAAAUCUGCCAGGCUGUCAUUCAGAACAGCCCCAAUAGGCAUCAACUGAAGCACCAGCUGCGGCCGCCGCCGUCGAUGCUGGCAGCCGCGGCGGCUGCUAACUCAGGCAGCGACAAUUCCAAUUCAUCUGAGUCCGGAAGCAGUUCUGGCUCCAAAAAGGACGAUCAGACGCAACAUGGAGUCGUGACAUCUACAAAUCGAACGGUUUACAAGAUUCAGGGUAAUGCUUUGAGAGCAGGGCUGCAGAAGAAGACGUUUGGGCAGAGGCAGACAUCGCCGUUGCUUGUCAGACAAGUCUACACGUCAUCCAAUUCAAAUCAGGGCGGUGCUGGAAAUUUUAUCUCAGUGAUACCGUCAUCGGGGAACCUGCAGCAGCAGUCGCAGCAACAGCAGCAAAUUCUCCAUGCUGAUGGACAAUAUGUCCUGGUCCAGAGGGCGGGAAUUGAUAAUUCCUCCAUGCCGAGAGCGUCGAGUGCACCUCCAGCUCAGAAUCAGCAAAUCCACGGUGUCAAUGGGAUUCCCAUUAGCAGUCGAGGUCGUCCGGCAUCCGUUGAGGUGGAUUCACUGCCGGAGCAACAGAUGAUCCUUGUGGGGCCGAAUCCGGGUGUUCAGGCGGUAACACGACGUGGUCCCAAUCAAGGUGAGUCGGUGAUGAUGAUGAGAAAGAGCAAAAUGUUGCGAUGCCACAAAUGGCCACUCACUUCUUCCACAUGUGCAGUUUAUGGUGACAUUAGCAUGGAUCCGUCGCUGCAGAAUUUUGGGUUGGCUGGUGAGGGAACACCACCCAAUUGUGCGUGCUCCCUCAAUGCGAUGGUCAUUUGCCAGCAGUGUGGCAAUUUCUCGCACGCUUCCUGCGUGGGAACGUCCAAAUUGUGCGUGGCUUGCGAUAUUAGAUGAGAUGGAUGGCGUCCAACGACCGCCAGAAAUCAUUCUGUGGAUCCCUUUAUUAUGGCUAAUUCUGUGAAUUGCUCAUAAUUUUCAUGCUAUAUUCUCCAUACACAAACACAAAUUUCUUUUAAA